GUUAUUGUCAGUUGAAUUAAAGGAACGAACCUGAACACAGCGCAUUAUCACUUACAUCGUCUUUACAUUUUGGUGCCGUGAUUAUUACACUAGAAGUACGAUGAAUUUACAGAAGUUACGAUCAAAUAAAGGAGGAACUAAACGCACAAUCGCUAUUUUGCUUGAAAAAAUCGACGAAAAGAAAGAGAAUGGAACGCGGAUAGAAAUCAACUCACUUCUGAAAAAAUUGGAGACAAAAGUGCAAAUGCUAGAGACACUUAACGAAAAAAUAUUAUCAAACACCGAAACAGAAGAAAUUGAAGAUGAAAUUGUGGAAACAGACAUUUACGUGAUGGAUUUACGCAUGAUAUUAGACACACUUAUCGCCGAGCGUGAUCAACGGGAUACGAGCAUAGUGAGUCAGCAGCCGACAUUUCAUCCCAUGGAUACGCUGCGUGGUCGAGGGGAUACGGGUUUAGAAGGUCAACAGACGACAUUUCAUCCCUUAGAUGCACAGCGUGAUCAACGGGAUACGAGCAUAGGGAGUCAGCAGCCGACAUUUCAUCCCAUGGAUACGCAGCGUGGUCGAAGGGAUACGGGUUCAGGAGGUCAACAGACGACAUUUCAUCCCUUAGCACAGCGUGAUCAACGGGAUACGAGCAUAGGGAGUCAGCAGCCGACAUUUCAUCCCAUGGAUACGCAGCGUGGUCAAGGGUAUACGGGUUUAGGAGGUCAACAGACGACAUUUCAUCCCUUAGCACAGCGUGAUCAAGCGGAUACGAGGUUGGACAUUCAGCAGACGACAUUUCAUCCCGACGAUACACCACUUACACUGGAGAACAGAAAUAAACAUGCGUUACAUAAUCCAGUCGAUACCAUUCAUCUGACAGCCGUGCAGCACGAGAGGGUGCCUUGCAGCUUUCAGUUCCGUAGGAAAGUAUACGACGGCUCCCGGGAGGCUCACGAUAGACGGUCCCCGUAUCCGUACGGAGAGUACCUCGACUUGACAAGAUCGGAGUACCGGCAAUCAAACCAACACAACUCUCACGUAAACAUCGCAACUGAAUUCCCUUUCGUAAGCGGCCUUUCGAACAUGGUCGGCGUACCGGAAACACCCACAGCCAUUUUCCGGCCGUUGACCCACAGGAUGUCGCCGCCUGGUACUGGCUACGAAUCACCCUCUAGAUGUCACUUCAAUGGCGUAUAUCCGACGCUCCAUCACCCCGCCGCCACCGCCCACCUGCAGCCACAUCCUACACAUUCAGUUUACCGGAACAGCUUCUCACACAAAGGCCGCCACGCAAACGUUAACCUUGUGACUCCCUUGUGGCCUUAAUAUGGUGGACGCUCAGAACGCCCGGAACCGACAUAUCCUAGCAGCGCCGACGGCAACCACGAGCGACCGCGGAGCUUCGGCGAUCCGGCGGGAACUCCAUCGAGCGACAAGACAUGCGUCUCCACUGCAGAGAUGAAGAGCGAGCGGACAGACGGCGGAUUGGAAACUGAGACGAUCUCAGUUUCCCGGUCGCCGUCGCCGCAGAGCUUUCAGUGGGCAAGCUCCCAGUCACGUGACACGAGCAUGCCCGAUUUCAGCUGGUAAAUACCAGCAGCUAGGCAACGCCAAUCGUUCCAGUAUUGAAAAUAACGGACAUGAUGUUCGAAUUGGUAGAGACUUUGAAGUGACAGUCAACCAAACAUUUAAAGUUGACAAAUACCCGCUACCAAGGAUCGAGGACAUCUUCGCGAAUUUGCCACACGGACAGAAAUAUUGAAACUGGAUUUUCGCUAGGCGUAUCUCCAACUUGAGGUCGACGACGACAGCAAGGAAUUGUUGACCAUUAACACUCAUCAAAGGCUGUAUCGGUACAACAGAAGUGUGUACGAAAUAUCGUCACUUCCCGCCAUCUGGCAACGCACAAUUUACCAGAUACUUCAAGGAAUACCUGGAGUGCAAUGCAUUCUUGAUGACAUGAUCGUAACAGGGGACAGUGAUCGGUCUCAUUUGGAUAACCUCGAGAAAGUGCUUUGUCGUUUGAACGAGUUUGGGUUGAAACUAAACAAAGACAAAUGUGUGUUCUUUGAGGAUAGAGUUACGUAUUGUGGACACGAGAUCGACAAAGAUGGAUUAUGGAAGUGUAAUGCCAAGGUGCAGGCUGUGAUUGACACACCCACACCUAAAGAUGUUACUUCUUUAAGGGCUUAUAUCGGUGUUCUCAAUUACUACCACAGGUUUCUGCCGAAUUAUUAAACCACUAAACGCGAUGCUUGAAAAAAAUCGUAAGUUUAUUUGGUCAAAAGAAUGUGAGGUCGCGUUCCAAAAUUCAAAAAAGCUGAUCACUUCUGAGCCCGUGCUUAUAUCCCAGAUCUACCUGUUAGACUGGCGACUGAUGCCUCUUCGGUAGGAAUAUCGGGAAUACUUUCUCAUGUCAUGACAGACGGUUCUGAAAAACAUAUUGCUUUCACGUCAAGCAAUACCGAGCAAAGAUACGCGCAGAUUGAUAGAGAAGCGUUGGCUAUAUUCUGGGCAGUACAGAAAUUCUACCAACACCUGUACGGUCGGAAAUUUUGCCUAGUAACGGACUGUCAGCCGCUGUUAUCAAGCUUAAGUCCAAGCAAAGCGAACACAGAUAUUCUUUGUACCUAUCCGGUUUUGAUUACGACAUAGAGUACAAAUGCACCGAACGGCAUACAAAUGUUGAUGGGUUGUCCAGACUUCCCGCGCCGAAUCAUAAUCAUAACUCUGAUGAUGUAGAAGAAAUAUUAUACACUUCACAAUUCGAGCAACUCCCUGUAACAAGUUCGCAAAUUAGCCGCGAAACGCAGCUCGAGCCAGUUAUGUCACGCGUCUUUUAAUACGUCAAAAAGGGCUGGGCUUCAAACGCUAAUGACCCAGUACUCAAAAGAUAUUAUUUCCGCCGAGACGAGAUAACAUAUCAUCGUGGGUGUCUAAUGUGGGGAAAUAGGGUAAUCAUUCCCAUUAAACUAAGAAGACGUGUGCUCGAUCUGUUACAUGCUAGCCAUCCGGGAAUUGUAAAGAUGAAAGGACUAGCUCGGAGCGAUGUCUGGUGGCCGGGGAUUGAUGCCGACAUUGAAAGUCUGGUCAAACGUUGUAAUGGUUGCGCAGUGCAACAGAAGUUACUAGCGCAUGUCCAAUUACAUCCGUGGGAAUGGCCAAGCUCUAGCUGGGAGCGGAUACACGUAGAUUUCGCGGGCCCGUUUCUAGGACAAAAGUUCUUAGUCACGGUUGAUGCUCAAUCUAAGUGGCCUGGGGUCAUUGAAACGAAUACAAUGAACACAUAUAGAACAAUUCAAGUCAUGCGAACCGUAUUUGAAAGAUAUGGGUUACCGAAACAAAUUGUUUCUGAAAAUGGAAGUUCGUUUACAUCUGAAAGCUUCCAACUGUUCAUGAAAAGCAACGGAAUUCUCCAUAUAAGGACUGCUGUCGCUAAGCCAUCCACAGAUGGUCUUGUGGAGCGCUUCAAUGCUUCUUUCAAACCUAGCAUUCGCGCAAUGAACACCGAAACGGAUGACCUUAACCAGAAACUGAGUUGCUUUUUGCAUACAUAUCGUAACACGCCGCAUUCUACAACCGGCGAAACACCAGCAAAAUUGUUCUAAGAUCGUGAUUUGCGAAGUAGGUUAAAUUUGCUUUAACCUGAUACUAAGCAGCACGUUAAUGACCGACAAAUGAAAAUGUCAGUUCCGGGCAGAAAUAAAUUUCGCGAACUAGAUUUAAGUCAGAGUGUCCUUGCCCGAGAUUUUAGGCCUUACUCUAAGGAAAAAAUGGAUAAAGGGCACUAUUGUUUCACGCGACGGACCAUUUAUGUACAAAGUGGACAUCGGUUAUACAGUGUGGAGAAGGCACAUUGAUCAGCUUCGCGCUACGGAAGUACAAAACGCUUCAAAUGAAAAUGACACAAUCCCAUUACGGUGCGAACCGCUAUCUGUUACCGAGACUCUGUGUCAUAGCCAAUUAAUGUCAGACCACCCGGUACUUAUUGAGAACAAAUAUAAAAAUGAUAAUGAUUCUCAAAAUGAUCCUCUGGUUUCGAAUGAGCAAUUAACUAAGGAGCGUCGGUAUCCAUUGAGAAACAGGCGACAGCCUGAACGACUGUCUUAUCAGUAGUCAUUUGUAACUAAUCAGAUUAAUUGCUGCAGUACUUUUCCUCGGACAUUUUGAUACUUGUGAAGGCUAAUGAGCUGUGAGGAAUUUAUAUCAUUGUGUAGUAACGAUAUAUAUAAUUAUGAACAAUUAAUGCGUAACUUCACAGUAAUUAGAUAAGAACACUGACUGAGUUGAUAU